UCGUUGACGGAAGCAGACACAAGAUCCUAUAUUCUUCAAUCAACGGUAACUUCUUCAACACGUGCGCCUGUAUUUGGAGUCUUUAAACUACUUUUACAUUAUUUUUCCCAGAAAAGUAAUUUACGUGGAUGAUUUUUAUGAAAAUAAAAACCACAAGACAAUAGGAGCAAUGGAAUAUAUUGAGGAAGCAGAUAUCCACAAGGAUAUUGUGGCCCAAAUCUUGUGCUGCGAAUGUGGAGUACCGAUAGCACCGAACCCAGCAAAUAUGUGCGUUGCAUGCUUACGAACUAGGGUUGACAUCACCGAAGGAAUUCCAAAGCAAGCAACUUUGCAUUUCUGCAAAGGAUGUGAGAGGUACUUGCAACCUCCUGCAGAAUGGAUACCAGCUGCUUUAGAAUCUCGGGAGCUGUUAUCCCUGUGUUUGAAGAAAUUGAAAGGACUCAGUCGUGUUAAAUUAGUAGAUGCAGGAUUCAUUUGGACAGAACCCCAUUCGAAGAGACUCAAGGUGAAAUUGACCGUGCAUGCCGAAGUGAUGGGAGGUACCGUUUUGCAACAAGUAUUUGUUGUGGAAUAUGUAGUGAGUGGACAGAUGUGCGAUGACUGUCAUCGCAGUGAGGCUCAAGAUUAUUGGCGUGCAUCGGUACAAGUUCGACAAAAGGCAAUCAAUAAAAAAACAUUCUUUUACUUAGAGCAGCUGAUUCUAAAGCACAAAGCCCAUGAUCAAACGUUAGGCAUCAAGCCUAUCCACGAUGGGCUAGACUUUUUCUAUGCUAAUGAAAGUUCGGCUAGAAAGAUGGUCGAUUUUCUCACGGCAGUUCUACCCUGCAGAUAUCAACAUUCUAAAAAAUUAAUUUCUCAUGAUAUUCACAGUAAUAUUUAUAACUACAAAUUUACGUACAGCGUUGAAAUUGUGCCGAUUUCGAAAGAUAGCCUGGUGUGUCUACCCAAAAAACUAACUCAACAUUUAGGGGGUAUCAGUCCGAUCUGUUUAGUUUACAGAACAACGAGUUGCCUUCAUCUGAUGGAUGUUUCAUCAGGACAAAUUGCAGAAGUUAAUGCUACCAUUUAUUGGCGAUAUCCAUUCAACAGCAUUUGUAACCCAAAACAGCUAACGGAGUAUAUAAUAAUGGACAUUGAACCAAUAAAAGAUAGUGAGAAAAAAAUUUUCCCUGGUCAAGGUGCGGUUUCUAACAAGCACGUUGUAGCGGAUGUAUGGAUUGUCAAAGCUUCGGAGUUGGGAAUAAAUGAGAACACCAUUCAUACACGAACCCAUCUAGGGCAUGUUUUAAAACCUGGGGAUUCUGCGCUAGGGUAUGCUGUAGGCGACAGCAACAUAAAUGACAUGCAUUUUGAGAAACUGAAUCGAGAUAUCAUCCCAGAUGUUAUCAUAGUAAAGAAAUUCUACGGAUACGAUAAAUCUGCCCGUCGCCGCGCCAGAAUAUGGAAGCUCAAGCAUUUGGCUGAAGAAGUUGUCAGCAUGAGUACCGAAAAUAAUGAGUACAACGAGUUCCUGGACGAGUUAGAAGAAGACCCAGAGAUGAGGCAGAAUAUAAAUAUAUUCCGAGAUAGUAGUAAGCAAAUCCCAGUGGAUACGGACGAAAUAGACCCGACCAUCCCACAAAUUACGUUGGAAGAAAUGCUCGAUGAUCUUGUGAUCGAUGACGCUGAUAUGGCAGAGGUUUACUAGCCAUAACGACGCGAUCCUUGUUUCAUAAAAUAUACACAGUUUAAAAAUGGGCGUAGAGUAACUGUUGAAUGUAAUCAAGAUAUUCAGUGGAAAAUAAAAAUUCAAUGGCCCAAUCAACUGUUCGCACGAAUUUAUAAAUGUCAUGCUGGAAUAAAAUCUCAGCGAAUUGUAAAA